AUGCAACAACUCCAAGGCAUCCAAACCACCCCUCCACCCCCUUCCGACCUCAAAGUCAACGGCGCGAGGUUGAUGGAAACGCUCCACCACACCUGCUCCUUCGGCACCGGUGAACGCUGGGGAGACGCCCCCACCGAAACAGGCAUGACCCGCCUCUCCCUGUCCUCCGCCGACAAACACGUCCGCAACUGGCUCGUCGCCACGACCAAGAGCCUCGGCUGCACCGUCACCGUCGACGCCAUCGGCAACAUCUUCGCCGUCCGCCCCGGCCGCCGCUCCGGCUCCGCUGCCCCGGCUACCUUCGCCGGCUCGCACCUCGACACGCAGCCGACGGGCGGCCGGUACGACGGGAUACUCGGUGUGGUGGCGGGUGUGGAGAUGCUCCGUGUGUUGGCGGAGAGAGGGGUGGAGACGGAGUACCCGGUUGGCGUGGUGAAUUGGACGAACGAGGAGGGCGCACGGUUCCCGAUCAGCAUGAUGGGCUCGGCCGUCUGGGCCGGCGCCGUGCCGGUCGAGCAGGCGUACGGACUGCGCGAAGUCGGCGGCGGCGGUGGGGAUAAUGCCACGCUGAAGUCUGAGCUCGAGCGGAUCGGGUACCUGGGGGCCACGCCGGCGAGCUACCGCCAUUUGCCGAUGGGUGCGCAUUUCGAGCUGCAUAUCGAGCAAGGUCCGGUGCUUGAGGCGGAGGGGAAGAAGAUUGGUGUGGUUGAAGGCGUGCAGGCGUACAAGUGGUUCACUGUCGAUAUAAAAGGACGCGAGGCGCACACCGGCACCACUCCUCUGUCCAACCGUACCGACGCCUUGCUCCUGGCUAGCAAACUCAUCCUGCACUCCCACCGCCUGGCCACUGCACACAAUGCCCUCGCCUCUACCGGCAUCCUCAAACUGUCCCCUGGCUCGACCAACACCAUCCCCGGCGCCGUCAGUUUUAGCCUCGACAUCCGCUCGCCAUCAGACUCCGUUGUCCUCGCUGUCGAAAAGCAGCUGAAGGAAGACUUUGCACGCCUGGCAGCGGGCGAGGACAUUGGCGGUCUACAAGCCGGUGGCACGCUGGGAAAGAGGGAGCACUUUGACGUUCAGUGGCGUACGGAUAGCCAAACCACGGCGACGGUGUUCCACGAGGACUGUGUGAGGACGGUACGGGAGGCGGCGAUGGAUGUGCUUGGUGGUAAGGCAGAGCUGAUCAGGAACAUCGCGUCUGGUGCUGGACAUGACAGCGUGUAUGCGAGCAGACACUGCCCGACGAGCAUGAUCUUCGUGCCGUGCAGGGAGGGUAUUAGUCACAACCCGACCGAGUGGGCGAACCCGGAGGACUGUGAGACUGGGGCGCAGGUGCUGUUGCAGAGCGUUUUGAAGUACGAUCAGCUCAGGAAGAGGACGGCAUAA